UCUAAUUUAUAUCAAGGCAAUAGUUGUUGCAACUUCUCCUCAGCCUUUUUAACACUGUACAAAUUUAAUUGCUACUCUGCCAGGCUUCAGAAAGCAAAAUCAAUACCAUAUUCAGAUGGCUUUUGGUGUUUGGUGAUCUUAGGACACAUCAGUGAAUUGCUAAUGGGAGAACAGUCAGUUCUGUGUGCUGAUCGUAUCGUCACACCUGAAUCCCUGCACUCGCCGCAAGGUGCCGGGGGCCCUGGAUCAUCAGGGGGCAGUUCUUAUUCUCACAGAGUUGGCCCAUCAACGUUGGGUGAGGGCGAAGAAGAGCCACUAAUUCAGACUGUGGAAUGUCGAAUUUGCCAGGAAGAAGAUAGCCCAAAAAAUUUGGAGAUUCCUUGUAGUUGUAGUGGCAGCUUGAAGUAUGCUCAUAGGAAAUGCGUUCAGAGAUGGUGCAAUGAGAAGGGAGAUAUAACUUGUGAGAUCUGUCACCAGACUUACCGACCUGGAUAUACUGCUCCACCGCCGCCUCCUCCCUCGGAAGAAACUGUCAUUGAUAUCAGUGGUGGUUGGACAGUGGCUGGCACUCAGCUUGACAUAAAUGACCCUCGUCUUCUUUCGAUGGCUGUCAGAGAACGCCAUCUUCAAGAGGCUGAUCAUGACGAAUAUGCUGAUGCAAGUGCUAGCGGAGCUGCAUUUUGUCGUUCUGCUGCUUUAUUUGUGAGCUUCUGCAACUCUAUCUGGCGUAAUUAAACUUCUGCUGUUGUUACUGGCUAAAUGUGUUGUAGUGGUAACGUGGAGCAUGCAUUAGAAACUAUUCUUCUGACUGACAUCAAGAUAAGCAGAUUUAGAAUUUGUCCCGUGGGGAGGAAAACACCUUCUUGAUUUCUUGAUUUUUUCU